AUGACCAGAUUGAACGGACAUACGGAGUACUACCAUCUUGAUGAAGACAACGGCUGGAGAUGCACCGUUCAGGCUAUUGACGAUGCCUAUUGCAAAGCCCGAGAUAAGGGCAAAAAUGUUAAAGCUAUUGUCGUCAUAGCCCCGGGGAACCCUGCACCCACCGUCCUUACAGAACAGGACGUGCUGAGCAUUUUAUGCUAUGCACAACGACGAAAUCUCGCCGUCAUUGCCGACGAGGUCUACCAGGAAAACGUCUACG